AACACCAUCAAGUUUUGAUUUUUGAAAUGUAGAGAUAUUCAACGGGUUUUACGAAAACUGCAGUUGGCAGCUUUGUUAUAGAUCUAGUCUUUGGGUUAUGUCAAAGUAGCAAACGUAAAUAAAGUUGGUUGUGUUGAAGUCUAUGUCUAGAUUCUAGACCUAGAUUUUAGACUUCAGCCUUCAGAUCUAGACAUAGAGAAUAUACCUAUAGGCUCUAGAUUGGCUAGGAUUUACAUCUUAUAUCUAACAAUAUUAUCAAUAUACAAUGAUGCCAAGGUUAUUAAUUCAAGCUUUAAAAAUAAGCAAUUCAAUUAUUCCGCAAUAUUUACAGUCAUCUUCUGCUUUAAUAAAUCGGGUAAAAUGCUUCAGCUAUUACUCUACCAGUGCAGAAAUAGGCAAGCCUAAUUUUCCAGGUUCUCGAUCAGAGUUCAUUUCAAAGUUAGAAUUUAUUGAUCCUGAUAAUGCUGAAGGCAUUCCAGUUUAUCGUGCUCUUAAUGCUGAUGGUAACUUCAUUGAUGCAUCACAAGAUCCAAAGCUGGAUGAGUCUACAGUGCUUAAGAUGUAUAAGGAUAUGACAUUAUUGAACACUAUGGACAGAGUAUUGUAUGAUUCACAAAGACAAGGCAGAAUUUCUUUCUACAUGACCAAUUAUGGAGAAGAAGGAACUCAUAUAGGCUCAGCUGCUGCACUAGACCCUAAAGAUCUCAUAUAUGGGCAGUACAGAGAAGCAGGUGUGCUCAUGUGGAGAGGUUUUCCAUUACAGCAGUUUAUGCAUCAAUGCUAUGGUAAUGCCAAAGACAUUGGUAAAGGGAGACAAAUGCCAGUUCACUAUGGCUCUAGAGAGCUAAAUUUUGUUACUAUAUCCUCUACUUUGGCGACACAGAUGCCUCAAGCCUCAGGGUCUGCUUAUGCUUUUAAACGAAAACAAAAUGGUCUUUGUGUCAUUUGCUACUUUGGUGAGGGUGCUGCCUCUGAAGGGGAUGCUCAUGCAGCUUUCAAUUUUGCUGCUGUCUUGAAUUGUCCAAUUAUUUUCUUUUGUCGUAACAAUGGAUAUGCUAUAUCAACACCAACAAAAGAUCAAUACAGGGGUGAUGGGAUAGCUUCAAGGGCAGCUGGCUAUGGAAUGUUGUCUGUUCGUGUUGAUGGGAAUGAUGUCUUUGCUGUGUAUAAUGCCACAAAGAAGGCUAGAGAAAUGUGUAUAUCCCAAAGCCGACCUGUUCUAAUUGAAGCUAUGACCUACAGAAUCGGGCAUCACAGUACCUCAGAUGACAGUUCAGCCUAUAGGUCAGUAGAUGAAGUCAGUCACUGGGACAAGACCGACAACCCCAUUUCACGCUUCCGACGCUACAUGAUGAAUCAAGGUUUGUGGGAUGAUGAUAAGGAGCAACAGUGGAAACUGGAUUCUCGUAAAAUGGUCAUGAAAGCCUUUGCAGCAGCAGAAAGUGAGAAGCGGGGCCGUCCAGAGUCUUUGUUUGAAGAUGUAUAUGAUGAGAUGCCAGACCACCUCAAGCAACAGAUGAACUCCAUGAAAAAUCAUGUGAAACAAUACAAAGAACACUAUCCACUAGAACACUACCAGUCAAUGUCUUAAAGAUAUUAGUGUACAGCAAAUUUUAAUGUUAUAUAUAUUCAGCAGUAUUUUCUUAUUGGGUAAUAUACAAUUUGUACAUAUUUCAUGUAAUCUGAAUAGAAGUCCAGUGACCCAUUUGUUGAAUUAUACUUUUUGAUUUUAUAAGGUACAUGCUGGCAAAAUUUAGUUAGGCAGUAAGUGAAUCUCAGUGUUUGUGUAUAAGUUGAGUGUGUUAGUGAUCGAUGUCUGUGAUAAUGUUCAAGACUUCAACAGAUUUCAGAAUAAGUUUAGUUAUACUGAAAAUACUGUAUGUAAAUUUUGAUGUUAUUGUUAUCCCUAUAAGACUAUAAGACUGCAUAAUUUUUUAUUUUUUUUUAUAUUUCAUUUCUAUCACAUUUUGAUGAGUGGAUCUAAUUGUAAGCAGAAUUUCACAAACUUUUUACACUAACUUGUGCCGGUGAAGAAAAUUAAAGAAAAAGUUUCCAAAACAAAACUAAAAAAAACAA